AUGGAAGUUCCUCAUUCUCGGGUGGAUGCACUCAACCAUAAUAAUCAUAUUCCUAUGCAUCUAGGUGGGCAUAUGCUACCACCUCAUAUGAGUUUAAGGCCAAUGGCUAUGGUUAGUCUAAUUCGACUAACUCGAGGAACUCGCUUUGCUCUAAUGGGGGACUCGGCAGAACAAAUUCUUCAGGAUCUUAAUGAAAGGAAAAUGACGUGGAGGAGUACACCACCACCUCAUAAUCAUUUCCGACUAGCUCUGAAAGUUCCUCAUCCUCGGGUGGAUGUGCUCAACCAUAAUAAUCUUAUUCCUAUGCAUCUAGGUGGGCAUAUACUGCCACCUCAUGUGAGUUUAAGGCCAAUGGCUAUGGUUAGUCUAAUUCGACUGUAA